AUGGCUGAUGAAGAGGUUAAUGGUGAUACCGAUGACAUACAACACGAAAAGGACAAAACUCAGAAAAAGGCUGCAAAACAUGAUAGUGGAGUAGCUGACUUAGAAAAAGUAACAGAUUAUGCUGAGGAAAAAGAAAUAUCAUCUCAAGACAUAUCUGGUGCUCUUUCAUUAAUUGGUGACCGCAGAAAUAAAGAAGCUGCAGAAAGACUUGAAAAAGAAAAAGAACUUCAAAAGGUGUCUGUCAGAAAGGAUGAUAUAGAAUUAAUAGUAAAAGAAAUGGAAAUAUCCAGGACGUUAGCAGAAAGAACUCUGAGAGAACAUAGAGGUGACUUGGUGGCGGCUCUGAUAACUCUAACUAAU